AUGCAAUCGGAUCCAGACACAAGCGACAAUAAAUCGACGGCUAGCCCCAAAGAGGAGGCCAUUUAUAAACUUUCCGCAUCUACUUCUGCUUCCCCCGGACACCUGGAUCGCUAUGACUGCUUUUUCAUUUUUUUGCUUUUUUUGCCCUCUUGUUUUACGAGAUUUAGGUUUAUUAGUGUUCCUUUCGAUACGGUGUACGCUGCUCUUGUAAUUAUAGUCGGCCAUCCUAUUAAACUAUGUUCCUAUUCAAAAUAUAUCCCGGUCUGCCUUGCUGCUGAUGGAAGGUCGUACCCACAAAUUCACUUGGAUGGCAAAGUUAGCAGCGGCGGGACUGCAGUGUUUGGAACUAGCUCAUUGGAAAGUCCGUCCGGCGAUUCUGUUUGGGUUUUAAAUUUUGUGUCUGGUGAAGCAAAUGGCGACCUUUUCGCUAAUAUUUAUCAUCCAAAGACCGACUCGUAUCUUUUAACACACGAUGUCGCCUCUCCUUUGACAUUAACCAACAUGGAGGUGACCACUACAAAGGAUAAAUUUAACCCGCAUUGCGUCUGGAAACUUUUAAAUGUUUCUUUGCCUGUUUCUUCAAAGUCGUUUAUCUUUAAAAUUGUAAACAAUGUCACCGGCACCGUUCUUAUUGAUUUUGAACGAAAUCUUCCAGAAUGGGGACGCUAUCAAAGGGAAAUUAGCAGCAGCUCCAAAGUUUUGCUUUCAGGUCACCCUCCAGAUCGAUCUUGUUGGAGCAUGUAUCCGGAGACCUAUCGACGCGGCGAAAGUCCAAAGACGAGGUCAUUUUGGCUCAAAUUUGUAGAACAUCAAAUCCUAUUUUACAAGUUCAACAUGCUACUUGAUGGAAAUCAUCCUGCCGCAUCUGACCCGAUAUCGUGGCCAUUGCAUCCUGGGAUUAACAAAGGAGUGUCUUUUUGGGAUGAUAUCUACUUAAAUAAGCACAUUUAUCUUAUUGGAAACCCGCUUGCAUGGAUUUUAUGUGUGCUUGCACUUAUGGUAUCUCUUUUUGCCCUCCUGGUUUGCUUUAAAAGCUCCAAGGAGACCUUGUUAUUUCUUCCGCUUGGAGCCUGGGCCUUUCACUAUUUACCAUACUUUCUUUGCCGUACGAAGCUUUUAUAUUUACACUAUUACUUGCCAGCAUUUUCGUUUUCAGCUCUUGCCGUCGGUUGCAUGCUUCAGUAUUUUUUCCGCUCAGGAAGGGCAAGCACGUUGACUGCCGCCAUUCUUGGGCUAUGUGCAGCUUUAAUAUAUUGCGCGUAUUUGAAAAUUUCUCUCUUCAACAAUGGGGUCGAGUCCCUUUCAAAUGAAAUUUUAGAUUUUCUUUCUGAUUCCUCUUCCCAUCCUCUUUCCCUUCUAUUAAUGAAUUGA